UCGAAUACAUACAAGCGGGACGGCGCUCUCUGGUUUCAAAAUAUCGGCCUCUAAUCUCCGACUGUCUACCUUUUCAAGUUUGAAAAUCGGCAGAUGAAACUUACAGAAGUACCUAUGAGAUCCGGCCGCGUAGGCGGUUGUGACAGCGAUGUAUUAUCAAGCAAGAGAGAAGUUAGCAAUAAUAAGCCCCAAUUCAGGCCGGCUAUCGAUGACACCAAACCGCUUCUUCAAGAUCCGAUUCUAAGAUCAGACCCAAUCGAGACGGAAGAAGCUGUUCUCCGAUUGCCUCCUUUCCCUCCGAUUACCUCAAGUUCUCAAUGAUUGUGUACGUAUCUUUUUUAGUAAUUGCGAAUUAAUCUGGUUUACACCUGUUCCUGUUUUAACAUUUGCAAAGUUUUUAACUAAUUUGAGAAGGGGUAAACCAGAAAAACGGUUUUGGCUCUAAUUAGAUUGAGAAAAUAUGUUGUAAUGAUAUGUAUGAUGCUGCGAAUUUACCUUGAAAUGGUAUUGUGGUGUUUAUAAUAUAAUGAAUUUGGUCUAAAACCAAUACAUUUCCA